AUGAUUAUUUUAAUAUAUUUCGAAAUGGAAUUCAAUAAGUUAGGUAAUUCUGGUCUUUCCAUAUCACCUUUGAUUGUUGGUUGCAUGUCAUAUGGGUCAAAAUCAUGGGGUGAUUGGGUUAUUGAUGACGAGGAAAAGGUCUUUUCACUUCUAAAGAAAGCUUACGAUUGUGGGUUAAGGACAUUUGAUACUGCUGAUGUUUACUCCAAUGGCAAGUCUGAGGUAUUGCUUGGUAAAUUCAUUAAGAAGUUCAGCAUACCAAGAGAUAAAAUAACGAUUUUUACUAAGUUAUAUAACCCGAUCGAUCCUACGGAUCCACAUUUUAAAUUUAAUGAUUUAUCCAAGUAUCCGAGCUACGAAUAUGCGAAUUCUCGUGGUUUAUCUAGAAAGCAUAUAUGGGAUGCUAUAGAAGGUUCUGUCGAAAGGUUGGGAACGUUUGUUGACGUUUUGCAAAUUCACCGGCUUGACAGACAAACUCCAAAAGCAGAAAUAAUGAAAGCUUUGAACGAUGUAGUGGAGAAAGGGCUUGCUAGAUAUAUAGGUGCUUCUUCAAUGAAGGCUGUGGAAUUUGCCCAAUUACAAUUCAUCGCCGAAAAAAACAAUUGGAGCAAAUUUAUUAGUAUGCAAAACUAUUACAAUUUACUUUACCGAGAAGAAGAAAGAGAGAUGAUACCAUUUUGUAAUAACAAUGAGCUUGGGAAAGUCGGAUUAAUUCCGUGGUCACCAAUUGCAAGAGGAAUUUUGGCAAGACCAUUGAAGGCGCACUCCAAAUUUAACAGAAGUCCGAGUACCGAUAAGACGAUGUUUAGGUUAGGAUUAAAUGAACUUUCCAAGGAAGAUCAAGAAAUAAUUAAGAGGGUUGAGGAACUAUCCAAAAAGCACAAGGUAAGCAUGGCUGUUAUAUCAUGUACUUGGGUUAGAAGUAAAGGUGCGACUCCAAUUAUCGGUUUUAACACGGAUGAAAGAAUUGAUGAGCUUGUGAAUUCAUUGUCAUUCCAACUCUCUGACGAAGAAAUAAGGUACAUUGAAAAACCGUACAGAGCUAAGUUUGAAAUACAAAACUAG